ACCAUCGGCGAGCGCGAUCGUGAGCGCCGAGUCGCACGCGCGCAUUCACUCGAGUUUUUAUUUUUGCUUCCCUUAUUUCGUUCCUACCCAGAUAUCCAACGCGGGGCUCGUCGAGUGAGCUGCAAUAAUCGUGGCUGGGACAGCUAACAGGUGCGUCUACGAGGCGCCGCAGCAAUUGCACGUCCAGCAGCAGCAGCAGCAGCAGCAGUCGCAAGCUCAGGGAAGCCACUGCUACCAUUAUCAGGAUCGAAUCGUCGAGUCUCUGCAGGCGGACUCGGCUGGCCCAGCGCUGACCAAAUACCUCACCCUGAUUUCGCUGCUGCUCGUUUACCUGCUCUACCUGCUCAACGUCUAUCAAAAGCUGCGCCGUCUUCGCCGAGCUUACAGCCAAGUGUCUCUCAUCGCCGACAUCGGUAUAGAUCCGCGAAAGAUCAAAUUUCACGGAUGAAAAGCCGACGUCGAGCGAGCACGCGUGGGCCGCACAUGUGCAGCUGGCACGCUACGAUUGCCGAUAAUAAUAAAGCGCAGACCAAGAGAAAAGGAGCUUGUUGUGUGUUGAACAUGUAAUAGAGUGUGUCAAAGCCGCGCGGCGCCGACGCUUCUUCGCUCUUUGACUACAUUCGGUGCUCGAUCGAUCGAUUCUUCCCUAUACACAUAAGCCAACGAAAGGCUUAGCCGCCGACUCUCUUGCUAUUUUUUCCACGAGCUUUUCUGCAAUCAUUCUGGCCGUUGGUGCGAGUCAGAUUCCAACGCUGCGAUAAGGCUGGAAAAGAGACAAAAAUUAAAUAAGCGUGUAAACCACCGAUUUGUAUCCAAGACAAAAGAAAAAAAACAUAUAAAUUGUUAGUGGCGUUGUUGUUGUUGUUUUGUGCUUGCAACGAACUACGCAGUCGUGCGAGUAAAAGCGAGUUUAUAAGAAAACAAAAAGUUGUGAUAAUCGUGUGGUGUGGCGUCGGUGAAACGGCGUGGAACGAUAGAUCCAACGCCACGCCGGAUCAUGUGAGUAAAUGGCCGUGGAAGGUUUGAGAGAACCUUCCGACGACCUACUAUGGGCAUCUGCCUGGACACAGAUCAACAAGAUGGAUCACAGGUGUUGGAAGAGGCCGGCGCUCAAACCAAUCAGAAUUCAGAAAAAUGGCGAAGAGAGGCGAGCAUACUGGCGACCCCGCCUGGGGGAAAUUUCCCGAUGCAGAAUUCCGGCCCAAUCAAAUUCGAGCCUCCCACAGUGCCGGUCAUUUUCGUACUCGGAGGUCCUGGCAGUGGAAAGGUGACACAUUGCGACAAUCUAACUCAAGAAAAGAAAGGCAUAGUUCACAUCAACAUGACGGAUCUGCUGCAGCAGUACGCGCUGGGCAACGACAUGCAAGAUUUUGGUCUUCUCAGCAGUAAAACCGUAGCAGAAGUCCUCAUGCUUGAAAUGAAAAUGUCCCGAGAGGCCAAAACUUACCUAGUGAGCGGUUAUCCGAGGAACAUGCGCGACGUUGUUGAGUAUUCGGAAAAGAUUCAAAUAGUCAACGGAGUGAUAUUAGUCGCGUGGAAGCAAGAAGUGCUCGAGAGACAAAUAGAGUACGGGGCGCAACUCGGCCAAGUGAUUAUUGAACUGGCUCGCAUGGAGUUGCAAAAUUUUUACAAAAACGUCAUGCCAGUCGCGGAGUACUUUGACCAAAGCGAAAUGCUAAUUAUGGUCAACGGCGAGCGCAAUCCAUCGGAAGUUUACAUCGAUUUUCGAGACGCGGUUUUGCGAACUUUGGGACUGCAGACGGACGACGGUGGCGUUACACGAGAGGUUUCCAGUUCCAUGGAGACGGAAGUGGAAGUGGAGCGUAAUCAGGACGGUGGCGAAGAGCGAGCGAGCCCGAGAAAAGCCGCCGGCGUGAUCAAGUCACCGACCAUGACCACUACCGAGGAGGAAGACGAGGAUGACGCCGUGAGCGAAGCACGAAUAUCGUCGUCGACGUCGCAAAGACCGACGGCCGAACAGAUUGCUGCGUCCUUGCCACGGCCCACAGUGCCGUCCGAGACUUCGCCAGUCGUCGCCGGACAGCAAAUUUUAGCCUCAUCGAAAACAGCUGAUAUGCCGCGCAAACGUUUGCCACCCGUUGUUUGGGUACUCGGUGGGCCAGGUAGCAACAAAUCGAUGGUCUGCAACUUGGCAGUAAAAAUGAUGACCAACUGGGUCCACUUGAGCAUGGGCAGUUUACUCGCUACACUGGCGGGUAAAAAUUCCAAGAUCAGAGAGACUCUGAGCGUCGGCGACAUGGCCAACAGCGAGAUGGUCAUGCUGCUGGUGGAGAAGCAAAUUCUCCUGAACAGAGACAGCAGCGGCAUCAUCAUCGACGGGUUUCCUCGGGACUUGAGCCAAGCUCGAGAAUUCGAGAGCAAAUUCGGCCAGCGUCCGGAGAUGCUGCUGCUCGACGUCUCGAAGAUGCAGACGAACAGGGGCCGCUCGUACGACGGCAUCGAGGCGUUCGAGCGGCGUCUGCAGCUGUUCCGCGAGCUCUCCGUGCCGAUGCUGAAGAGCCUCGACGCCGAGAAUCGGCUGCACAUCGUCGACGGCGACACGGAGCUGCCGGCCGAUCGCCAGCAGUUCGCCUCGGCUCUGCUGGAGCUCAUGCGACGGGCGGCUCGACACGAGGACGAUCCCAACAGGAUCAGCGUGCUGACGUCCGGCGAGGAGAACAGCCGAGGGCCGGUCGGCGGACUGCGAAAUAAUGCGCCAAAUGGUGUUGCCAAACCGGCCGCGGAGGUCGCUCGAGAGGCCACGAGACAGAACGUCGCGCCAGUCCUCGCUACUGGCAACGGAGCUGCUGGUGGUCGAAAGUUACCCGCACAAAGCAACGGAGUGACGAUCGCGAAGCCUGUUUCUCAAAAAAUCAACGUAGCUCAACGAAAAUCACAGCAACAACAACAGUCGACUCCAUCGCCACCAAAACAGCAACGGCACAUUAACGGAGGACCUCCACAAAUGCUUCAAAACGGCGUAGCACCGAGAAUGGCUAACGGUUUCUUACCGAACAAAGCCAACAAAGUCGCCCCGGCGAACAGUAGUAAUAAGGGUAGAAAUAAUAAGCAAGUGUCCGUCGCCACGGUUCCUGUCGACUCAGACCCACUGCAAACGAUGUACUCCGAGCUCGAAAAUGGACCACCAACCAGCCUCCACUUCUAGCGCUGUUGUUUUGGGAAAUAGGACACGCGAAUACGACUACCUGUAUUGAAAGUGGAUGCGUGAACAAAUCGAUUUUACUUUUUGUACGACUUUGAUAAUUAUAUCGAAUUUAAGAGAAGGCCAAAGGCAGAUGUGGAGGCUGAUAAUAAUGCUAUGCAUACUAUAUAAAUUUUAACUUUUAGGUAAAUUUACUUGUUAACUUUUUUUACGUUGUCGACUUGAUCAAACAUAAUGUGACUUUUUAAGCGAAGAGAGUGUGACUUUUAUUUAUUAUGGAAGAUUGUAGUUACAUGUCAUUCUUUUUCACCGAAAAUUUUCAUUGCAAAACUUUGCAGAAUAAGUAAUAGUUAAAUAUUUCGAAUAUAGCCUAACGUAUUUUUUUAACCUCGAAGAAUUUUCCUUUAUUUUA